AGUUGGAACAUUGCGGAAGGCACGCAGACGAGCCACAUACACAUGCGUUUGACUCUUUCUUUUUUCUUAUGAAUUUGUUAACGAUUUUUACCUUUUUUUUUUUUUCUGUUUGGUUGAAUAUUUCUUCUGAUUUGGAGUUGCCAAGUCGCAGUCGCCCUUGCCGCAGGGCCAGUGCGUAACCAAACUCUUCAGGAGGAUGAGAUUUCUUAUUUUCAUUUUUCCCAUUUUUCUUCCUAUUUUUCAUCGGUUCAAAGAGACCUGCCAUAAUAAGAGAUGGGAAUUAAGGUGCAGUGGGACCCGACUUCCUUUCCGUUGCUUUAUUCCACAUCUCUACAUGUUCCCCCUAGUGCGUCUCCCAUAUUUUUUGUUACAGGUAAAUUAAAAUGUCACCAUACAAAUAUAAGGCUAAGAAGAAUUCAUCUCUCUUUGCGAUGAGGCGGAGGGGGGUUGGAGAUGGAAGCAAACAAAACGCCGGACACACACAGGAGAGAGAGACAGUGUGUUGGUGCCGAACACAUCAAAUACAAAAUAUUUUAGGAAGCGGAAAAAAAGGGAAUAUAAGAAAGGCCCUCGUUUUGUGUGUGUUUGAAGACCUGAAGAGAGAGGGACAAUAAAAAGAGCCCUGUAUUUUUGUUCCUUUUUUUUCCUUUGGAAAAGAAGCGGAGAAUAAGGGAAUGAAAGAGAGAAAAAGAGAGAAAGAGAGAGAGAGAGAGGGGGACCGUUGAGAGAGGGGAGGUACGUACAUACGUAGUAGACUUAGUUUGAAAGUUCCAGCCGGACGAGACGGUUGCAACAUCUCUCUCACGUGAGCUGCAAUCGGCAACCACGAUUACUAUACACACGCAUCAGUUUCAGCAACAAAAAAGAAGUUUCGUAACCCCCAAGCUUGCGUCAGGUAAUUUACAAGCGCACCUAAAACAACAAACAAGAGAUUCGUGAUUGCCCCGUGCUCUGUUGUGUGUGUUGAGGAACAGACCCCCUUUAGUGUUUUCAAGUACCGUGUCGGCCCAUUGCGUGUUGCGAACCGUUGGAAAGUGCCCAAGACAGCAGCAAACAACAAGAAAAAAAAAAAAAAGGAAGGAACGUGGAGCGGUGUCGUGUUUUUGGAGAUUCAGCGACACACUUUCACUUGAAGGACACGAAGGCGGCAACGGCUGCUGGCCAGCUAAAGUUCAACCAGAUAAAAAAGAAAAGAAGAAGUUUGCAGUGGCUGAACAUCGGGAGAAUUGUUUUUGCCGUAAAAAACCGCGGAUUAUUCUACCCAGUGUGUGUGUGUGUGUGUGUGUGUUAAGGCCAAAGUUAUCAAACGAAUAGCCCUGUGUGUGUGUGCGUCCGUUUUUUCCCGCCAUUCCAGCCGAUCGACAACAAAAACAACGGCCAGAGAGGGGGGAAUAAUAAAAAAGAAGGAAACACGGGAGAUCGGGGGUGGAAAGAAAGGAAGGUAAAAGGAGAAGAGGUAGGGUCUUACCUCUCCCUAACUGGGCGGUCAUUUGAAACUGCUGCGAAUCACCUUUCAUUUAAGCGAAGCAAAAGCCGAGGGUCCUACUGGCGCCCGGGCAAUCGGUUAGUGUAGAAUAACAAUCCGAUCCGGGAGCGGUUGGCGGACUGUGAUCCGCUCGCAACAUAACUUCAUGGCUUCGUCGUCUUGUUAUAUUACUGGUACUCCCGCUGCCAGAUCGUCCCAAGAUCGUUCAUAGAGAUUAACCGCCCUGACUGUUCGGCCCUUGGCAUUGAAAACGAAAAUAAAGAACGAAAGAAAAAAAAAAGGAGUUGAAAGGAGAAGAGCUUGGCCCAUCACCUUUUCGUUUCCCUUUUUUUUUUCUUCUCUUAACAAAUAAAAAGAAGAGAAAAAAAAAGGGAAAAUAAAUACCAUUCGCCACCAGCAUUACCAGCAGCGGGCGGCAGCAGCCACCAUCGUAGCCGGAUGAUAAAAAGUAGCUCGUCCGGUAGUUGUAAUAGUAGUAGGAGCGAAUCAUCCGGCAUGUUGAAACACCUAAGUACACGUCAGCCAACCGAUCAUUUGCGUACUCCAUCCAACGGACUUUCAGAAUCGGGCCAGUCGGAUCGACUCGAACCGCCUCCUCGCCGCCUCCUUACAAACAACAACGUCAUGGCUCCUCAUCCAUCGCAUCAGCAUCAUUUGGCUAACGGCUACACUUCGCCAGGACGUUACUCCACGGCCGGAUCGGGCAGCACCAAACAACAGCCGCAAUUGCACAACAUCUCCAUGCACAACACGUCCAAGCAUUCGCUGAGUCCGACGGCGAGCAACAUCAGUCCUGGAACGGGCGCUAAUCAUACAAAGACAACGUUAACCAGCAAUCUGGAUCAUUCGAGGGACGAGUCUUUACCUUUCAAUUUCAGCAACGGCCCGCUGUCCUCUUCCAUUUUCAUCACGGAUCGCUCGCUCCCGAUUGGAGACCACACUUUCCUGUCCAAUGGUGGAGGAGGGUUAAAUAAAGGCGUUACGGCCAACGGUGGAAUGCACAUCCGGCGCGGAAGUCCUCUGCCGACGUCCGUUACGAAGCUGGCAGCUGCAACGCGUCAGGUUUCCGCCAGCGUCAUCGGAGUGCGCGAGAUGUUGACUUCGCUCGGCCUUUUGUGUCUCCUGUCCCUGAUGAUGGCUCUUUUGGGCCUCAUCUUCUUGCUCAAAAUGAGUCCGCCGCCAGACGCCAUCCAUUUCGUCGACCAGGUGCGCAUCGUUUCGCCAGACGAGGCCGCCUCCGUCUACGAAGUCAGCCUAGCACUUUGCUCCCUGGCAAUGACGUUGGACGUGUGCUGCUGCCUCGUCUGCGCCACCCAGCUCCUCUUCGCCGCCCGCCUGAUAACAGCCUCGACCUGCUCAUCAUCAAAUUCAAGUCGAGAUCGGAUCAAAAAGUUCUUGAGGGACUCGGCCGUCACUCGCAUUUGCGCCGUGGCUGGAUUUUUCGUCUCGAUCCCCGUCUUUCUCACAGACAUCGUCCUCUACACCAUCCUUCAGUUCCCUUCGACUCCCGCCAUCACUACAAGUAUAGUGAUCAGCGUGGGAAUCGUACUUUGCGGCUGUGCCAUGCUUCACAACAUCGUAGUCUGGCAGAGGUACAAGGGCUCGUCUACGAUGUUGCCCGAUCUGUCGGGAAUUGAAAAGCAUCCAGAUGCGCCCAACGGAAGGAUCAUGUCACCUGCUCAAAUGCCAACAGCCACUUUAGAUUUAAGUGCAGCACUGAAUGGCAAUGCCAAUUUGAGCAGUCACAUGCUCGAGCUUUCAACUCUUGUCUGAAAAAGAAACAAAACAGAGUUGUUAAGAUAUUAUACUGUACCAUUAAAACUAUUGAAUCAGCCCAAAAAAAAAUUCGAUUGGCUGUCAUCAAUUAAAAACCUUUUUUUUCGACUUGAAAAAUCAAUGACAUUAAAAGCCUAGUCACAAAAUGAUUUAAAAAAAAAACAAUAAUUAAAAAGUUUAAACGAUUUCCAGAAGGAAAUUGUUUCAACACCAGGCCAAUGUCAUUGGACGAAAGAGGUGAAACAGAAUUUUUUAUCUCCUAUCGUCCCAAAAUGUUAUUAUUAUUUUUUUACGAUUUCAACUCGCAUCAGCCACUAAAAGGGCGUCAACAGCCCUGAUCCUCUCUCCUCCAUAUGCCACACAAUAUAGCCCUAUACUUAAUAAGUGAGUAAGAAGUGACACACCCACCCUUUUAAUUAUGAUUCAAGUGCCUACAUAUGAAACUGUAUAAUUAUUGAUUGCCAGUGCCAAUCGUGUUGUAAAUAGUAACGAGUUUCUACGUA